UGCGUGGCUGUGAGUGUGCGCGCACGGUGACGGAGCCCUCCCUCCUUCCCUCCCUGUGCGGGGGACGGAGGAUGCGCGCAGCGCGCCGAGCUGAACGAUCCGCAGAGGCUCCGUGCGCUCAGCCCGGUCCCGGUGCUGGUCCUGGUCGGACGUCAAUCGUCUGUGGGGAUUUUUAAAAAAGCUGUCACUCACACCGAGGAGGCGCAAUGUGGACCUACAGCUGCGUGCUCGUCUGCCUGCUGCUCUUCUGUCCGGACGCGUCGGCGCAGACGAAGAUCUUUGGAGAGACGGAGCCGGUUCGGAUGACGUCGGAGGGCUCAGACUGUCGCUGUAAGUGCAUCAUGCGCCCUCUCAGUAAGGACGCUUGUGCGCGGCUGCGGAGUGGCAGCGUUCGUGUGGAAGAUUUCUACACUGUGGAGACAGUUAGCUCAGGGUCAGACUGCAAGUGUUCAUGCACGGCCCCGCCGUCCUCCCUGAACCCCUGUGAGAAUGAGUGGAAAAUGGAGAAGCUGAAGAAACAGGCCCCUGAACUGCUCAAGCUCCAAUCCAUGGUGGACCUCCUGGAGGGGACCCUUUACAGCAUGGAUCUAAUGAAGGUUCACUCCUACAUCAACAAGGUGGUCUCUCAGAUGAACACCCUGGAAGAGACAAUCAAGACGAAUCUUACGCGAGAGAAUGAAUUUGUGCGGGACAGCAUGAUGAGCCUCACCAAUCAGUUUAAGAGGUAUGAGAACUACUCCAACAUCAUGAUGAGCAUUAAGAAGGAGAUCUCCAGCCUCAGCCUGCAGCUCCUACAAAAAGACUCCUCUGAGAACAGAGCACAGGACACCAGUGAUGAAAAAGCCAAGGAGACUGUAGAGACAGCCAACAAAAAGAGCCCUGCAUCCAAACUGCCAAAGGAAAAGGUCAUAAAGCCCAAGAAGGAGGUCAUUAAAUCUGGAAAGCCGGUCAAGGCCGACCCCACGGCUAAAGCCAAAGUGGUUGGUCAACAGCCUGGUGUGGUUAGAGGCAUCACGUACUACAAAGCUGCCAAGAUCAAGGAGGAUGAGCUUAGAGGAGACCACUCUGCCAAAACCCACACAGUCCAUCACGUCUCAGAAAACCAGUCAGACAAAGGAGGAGAUGAGACACUCCUGGAAACUGUGGAGACCAGUGUCGCUGAAACCAAGAACAACAUUACAGUACAGUUUCCCGUCACUACAACCACAACUACCUCCACGCCCACUGUCACCACAACAACACCUACCACUGUGACCGCCCCAACCGCACCAGAAUCUGAACGACCAGCUGCAACCAUUGUACUAGUGCUGGAUAACUCCAACAACGACAGUCGGCCAACUCUCCACAGAGCAGGGAAAAUCCUCAACUGUGAAGGGACUCUAGAAUCCAUUGAGCCACCAGAGAAGCAGCACAGUUAUGGGCGAAAUGAGGGAGCCUGGAUGAAGGACCCCCUGGCCAAGGAUUCCAAGAUCUACAUCACUAACUAUUACUAUGGCAACAACCUUGUGGAGUUCCGCAACUUGGACAACUUCAAACAAGGUCGUUGGAGCAACCUUUACAAGCUGCCAUACAACUGGAUAGGCACGGGCCACGUGGUUUAUAAUGGUGCCUUCUACUACAACCGAGCUUUCACGAAGAACAUUAUCAAGUAUGAUCUGAAGAUGCGAUACGUGGCGGCCUGGACGCUGCUGCACGACGUGGUCUAUGAAGAUACUACCCCUUGGAAAUGGAGGGGCCACUCAGACAUUGACUUUGCAGUGGAUGAAAGUGGGCUAUGGGUGAUUUACCCAUCCAUGGACUACGACUACAACCAGCAAGAGAUGAUUAUCAUCAGUAAACUAGAUCCGGGAGACCUGUCCCUUAAAAAGGAGACAACCUGGAGGACAGGUCUCAAGAAGAACUCCUAUGGGAAUUGCUUUAUUAUCUGUGGUGUCUUAUAUGCUGUUGAUGUGUACAGUCAGAAGGAAGGUGAGGUGAACUACGCCUACGACACCCACACCAGCACAGAAGCCAUCCCACGCCUGCCCUUCAUCAAUGAAUAUUCCUACACCACCCAGAUUGACUACAAUCCCAAAGAGAAGGUCCUGUAUGCAUGGGACAAUGGACAUCAGCUCACAUAUCGUCUAAGCUUUAUUGACCAGUAAGCACAGCUAGUUUGUACAGAAAUGCAAACAGCUUUGCAGUCAGUGUGGUACCUGAGUGUUUUCAGCCUAUCAGCAGCCAUAUUGGCCUCAACAGGACAGAGGAUGAACAUUGACCAGCCUUCCAGUGCCAGUGCAUUUCCAUUAAACACCCGACCUCAGAGUACACCAAACAUACCUUUUCCUCACACAGCUGUUGGAUUUUGUUUGUGCAGUAUGUUGAUUGAAUUAGCUCAGUGAAACAACCCCUCUGGAGAUAUAGUCAUCUCAGC